AUGCCACCCAAGGAUGAUAAGAAGAAGAAAGAUGCCGGCAAGUCAGUCAAGAAGGACAAGGACCCCGUGAACAAGUCUAGGGGCAAAGCUAAGAAGAAGUGGUCCAAGGGAAAAGUGCAAGACAAGCUCAACAAUCUGGUUCGGUUUGAUAAAGCAACAUAUGACAAACUCUGCAAGGAGGUCCCCAACUAUAAACUUAUUACCCUGGCAGUGGUCUCAGAAAGAUUCAAGAUUUGGGGUUCUCUAGCCCAGGCAGCCUUCCAAGAAUUGCUUAGUAAAUGUCUGAUUAAGCUGGUUUCCAAACACAGAGCACAAUUGAUAUAUACUAUGAAAACCAAGGAUGGAGAUGCUCCAGCUGCUGAAGAUGCAUGGAAUGGUUUAACAUUUUUGUGCAAUGAUGGCAGUACUCCCUUUUCCAUUGUCAAUGACAGGGACUGUUAUAGUAAGGGGUCUACAAAUGCAGCACCUUUUCUGGUAUCAAAGUCCAUGGUCCCCAUUGAAAAUUAUAUUUUCAAAAUUCAGCCAAUUCUAGGUGUUCGGAGAGAUGAUGUAUCUGGAAGCAACAGCUUUAAAGUAAAUGCUCUUAUGCUCACCAACUUUAAAGUGAAAAGAAACAUAGAAUGUACAGAUAAAGCUCAGCCCAAUCAGUUUGAUUUGGUUCAGACAUCUGAAAAAAUUCCAUGA